AUGGCUCUUACAUAUCAGCAGACCAAGCUGGUCAAGGACACCGUCCCGGCUCUCAAGGAGCACGGCGAGAGGAUAACAAGCAUCUUUUACAAGACUAUGCUCACCGACCACCCCGAACUCAACAACUACUUCAAUUCGGUAAACCAGAAGAAUGGCAGGCAACCUCGUGCCCUGACGGCCGUCAUCUUGGGCUUUGCCUCAAACAUUAACCACCUCAGCGAGCUCGUCCCCAAGUUUGAGCGCAUGUGCAACAAGCACUGCUCGUUGGGUAUCCAGCCAGAGCACUACGAGGUCGUCGGCAAGUAUCUCAUCCAGGCUUUCGGCGAGGUCUUGGGCCCCGCGAUGACACCCGAGGUGCAGACGGCAUGGACAAAGGCGUAUUGGAUGUUGGCCAAGAUGUUGAUCGGGCGCGAGGCACAGUUGUACAGGGACUUUGAGAGCUGGUCCUCUUGGCGCCCCUUCAAGGUCGACAGGAUCGUCAACGAGUGCGAUGACUUUUUCUCCUUCUACCUUGUCCCUCAGGAUGGCAAGAAGUUACCGAGAUUCCUCCCCGGCCAGUACAUCUCCGUCCAGAUCCAGGUCCCCGGCGGCUACCUUCAGUCCAGACAGUAUUCCCUCAGUGAAGCGUGGAGGGAGGACUACUACCGUAUCACCGUCCGCCGGGACGAGGGUACCGUCUACUCCAACUCCGUCUCCAAGUCCUUCUUCAACCCCGGCAUUGUCUCCAACUACCUUAUCGAUCAGACUACCGUAGCUUCUAUCCUCAAGGUCUCCCACCCGGCUGGCGAGUUCUUCUUGGAUGUCCACAACACGAGCACCGUGCCUCUGGUUCUGAUUUCUGCUGGUUCCGGCGUCACUCCCAUGGUUUCUAUCGCCAACACUGUUAUGGAGAGUCAACCCGGUCGCCAGAUCGCCUGGCUCCAUGGCUGCCGCAAGUAUGUCCCCUUCGAGGAGCACCUCAGGGCUUUGCGCAAGAAGAACUCCAACUUCCACACCAAGAUCUUCAAGACCGUCAUCAACAGGAGUGAUCGCCCUGGCGAGACAUACGACUACAACGAACGCAUGGACCUGGCCAAGCUCAAGCCCGAGGAACUCUAUCUUCAGCAUGGUGGCACUGAGUACUUCAUCUGCGGCCCGGAGCAGUUCAUGAUCAACCAAAAACUCUAUCUCAUGCAGCAAGGUGUCUCGGCCUCGCGCAUCAAGUGCGAGAUCUUCACCACGGGAGAUCUGAAGCUGGGUCUCAUAAUAGAGACCAUCGUUUUGACAGAGGAGGAGGCCGAGGACGAAGAGAGGAAGAUCUCCAUCGCUUUCCACAAAGUUGCCCAAAUGGAGAAACCGCGCCGCCGUGUCCGGGCUCAGCAUAGACAGCAGCACUCAACAACCAUCCCCGACUCUGCUCAGCCCCUCUUCAAUAAGCACCAGACGAGACAUGACAAUAUCACCAACAACAACAGUGAUGCCCGGCAUGGGUAUGCGCGCCGUGUCAGGAUCGCACGUGCCACAUCAGUCAUCUGUGUCAACAACGGCAUGGUCUACCUCAGCACCCAAAAGAGGAGGAGAGAAGAGAAGAAGAGCGUCGAUAUCGGUGGCGGUAAGGUCGAUAGCUUCCUAUGGACCACUGGCAAACCACAAGGCUCUCCCUUCUCACCAGACGACCAAGAACUUGAGCGACCUGACUUGACGGUAGUGGAGGAGAACUGA